AUGUCCAGGCGAGUUGGGAAAAUUGCCACCAAAGCUUCAUCCUCUUCUGGUUCGUCAAGCACGAAACCCAUAAGAUGCAACUUCCACCGAGCCCCCUGCGUUGUCAACACUUCUCGCACAGACGACAAUCCUGGAAGAUUGUUUUAUUCUUGGUCGUAUUGGAAGGAUGAAGAGAAGAGCUGCAGGUUUUUUUGCUGGGUUGAUGCAGUCACAGAAAGUGACUUUAGGCUUGGUGGACUUAUGGAAGAGAAUGAGCAGCUAAAGUCGACAUUGGAGGCACUUGAAGGACGACUUCGUAGGGCAUAA